CUCAUAUACAAAGAAGUUUGAGCACAGAAUCUACUCCAUCACAUUUUCUGUUGGAAACCCUCACGAGUGGAAGAAAUUGUUCAAACCCUGUGCUGCCCAGAGACUCUUUCUUCCGGGAGCAUGUGGGUCUGCAGCACGCUGUGGCGGGUGCGAACCCUCGCCUGGCUGUGGCGGAGGCUGCUCCCUGCUUCUGGCUGUCACGGACCUGCCGCCUCCUACUACUCCUCAUCCACCGAGCCUGCCCGGGUCCCGGCACUUGUCUAUGGGCACCACGGGGAUCCCGCCAAGGUCGUCGAACUGAAGAACCUGGAGCUAGCUGCUGUGGGAGGAUCAGACGUCCUCAUGAAGAUGCUGGCGGCCCCUAUCAAUCCAUCUGACAUAAAUAUGAUCCAAGGAAACUACAGCCUCCUUCCCGAACUGCCUGCUGUUGGAGGGAAUGAAGGUGUUGCCCAGGUGUUAGCAGUGGGCAGCAGUGUGACGAGGCUCAAGCCAGGAGACUGGGUGAUUCCUGCAAAUGCUGGUUUGGGAACCUGGCGGACUGAGGCCAUGUUCAGUGAGGAAGCACUGAUCCAAGUUCCAAGUGACAUCCCUCUUGAGAGCGCUGCCACCCUGGGUGUCAAUCCCUGCACAGCCUACAGGAUGUUGAUGGACUUUGAGCAGCUGCAGCCAGGGGAUUCUGUCAUCCAGAAUGCAUCCAACAGUGGAGUGGGCCAAGCGGUCAUCCAGAUCGCGGCAGCCCUGGGCCUGAGAACGAUCAGUGUGGUCCAAGACAGACCUGAUAUCCAGAAGCUGACUGACAGACUGAAGAGUCUGGGGGCCAAGCAUGUCAUCACAGAAGAGGAGCUAAGAAGGCCCGAAAUAAAAAACUUGUUUAAGGACAUGCCCCAGCCACACCUUGCUCUCAACUGUGUUGGUGGGAAAAGCUCCACAGAGCUGCUGCGGCAGUUAGCGCGUGGAGGAACCAUGGUAACCUAUGGGGGAAUGGCCAAGCAGCCCAUCAUAGCCUCUGUGAGCCUGCUCAUUUUUAAGGAUCUCAAACUUCGGGGCUUUUGGUUGUCCCAGUGGAAGAAGGAUCACAGUCCAGACCAGUUCAAGGAGCUGAUCCUCACACUGUGCGAUCUCAUCCGCCAAGGCCAGCUCACAGCCCUGCCUGCUCCCAGGUCCCGCUGCAGGACUACCAGCAUGCCUUGGAAGCCUCCAUGAAGCCCUUUGUGUCUUCAAAGCAGAUUCUCACCAUGUGAUCAUCCCAAAAGAGCUGGAGUGACAUGGGAGGGAAGGAGGAUCUGAGGGGCUGGGUGCAGGCCCCUCAAUCGGAGGUCUCACCAUCCCCAGACUACUGCCCUCCUCACUGCUUCUUUCUAUUAGGAGGAUAGCGAAGCCAGCCACUCUUUUCCCCAGGGCCAGCCUUAAGGUAUCUAAUAAAGUCUGAACUCUCCCCUCCAAAAAAAAAAA